UCUAACAUGAAUCACUCAUCACUCAUCCACCAGCUGUCUUUUGGAAAUAUCAGAAAUUUAUAUAGAAAAAAAUUUCACUGGGAGGAAAUGCAGAGAAUACUGAGACAGAAGAGGCAGCAAGCAAAGCAAAGUAGCAAACUCUCCCAACCCAAUCCCCUUUGAAAGCAAAAGGGUGGCUAGCUUUUGCUCCCCAUGCCCCGCGAUGAUGGACACUUUGUCUAGCUCGACAGCACCCUUUUAGCUACCACUCUUCUUCCCUCUUCCUCUUCCUCUUCCUCUUCCUCCUCUCACCUUCUUCCUCUUCCUUUAUCAAUCAUUUAUAUCCAAUCCUACCACACAAUCAAAUUUGGUUCGUUUUAUUUCUCCAUUUCGCAGCCCUGACAUAAUAGAUUAGAUUAGAUAGAUUAUAGAUACAUGCCCCCUUUGUUACCAUCUUUAAUUUUCUACCUUUUUUUUAUUCAUUUUUCUUCCCUAUAAGAUCUUGUGUGAGUGUAUUUUAUAUCUUUUUAAUCUCCUCAACAACUCCCUCCCCAAAUUAUAAAGAUUUACCUCUUUCUCUUUCUAGCUUGGCGGUGUUCAUGUCCCAUGAUCUGGCGCAUGUGAAAGCUCCAAAUUAAGGUGCUCACUGUUGAGAUCAAGACACGCAGAAAAGAAAAGAGAAGCAGGUUUUUCCCGUACGGAUACAAAAAGAAGAGAUUUUGUUUUUGACAGACAUGGCGACGUACUUUCAUGGCAGCACUUCAGAAAUCCCGUCCUCCGCUGAAGGGUUGCAGACACUUUACCUUAUGAAUCCAAACUACGUACCCUACACUGACGCGUCGCAACACCCAACGCAAAACAUGCUCCUCGUCAAUUCCAACACUAGUAACACUCCCACCAACGCGCUCAACCUCGCUAACUUCUCCCACGCGCCGCCGCCACAAUCUCCCAACAACCACCGUGAGCACCACCACCACCUAAUUGGGGUUACCAUUCCCUCGUCAAGCAUCCUCGGAUCAAACUCCGACCCCGCUCGGCCCUUGUGCUUAGGACAACAUGAGUUAUCCGGUGGAUUCCAUGGUGCUGCCGCCGCCGUUUCAACGGCGGCAACAUCUCGUGCUCAUCAUAACUUAUGGAGUUCCAUGUUCGAUCAAUCUGCAUCGAAUAUAAUGUCAGCCACAGAAAACAUCCCAUCCAAUAUGGGAUGUGUGACAUCUGUCGCCGCCAUUUCGACGCAGAUUGGUUUUCAUAGGCCUAAUCAGUUAUCACUGAGCCUCUCUUCACAACAAACACCUUAUAGGUCUCUCUCCGGGGAGGUUCAUGCCGUGUCUCCGGCGAGCCGCGGCGGCGACGAUGUGCAUAGUGUUGUUUUGGGUUCAAAGUAUUUGAAAUCCACGCAGGAGCUUCUUGAUGAAGUUGUGAAUGUGGGUAAGGGAAUCUCCAAAGGGGAGGAAUCUAUGGAAGGGGCUAAGAAAGAGAAGAUGAAGGGGAAUAUUGAAUCCACUUCUGGGGUUGGUGAUGGUUCGAGCUGUGGAGGAGAGAAUAAUAGUGGAGGCAAACAAGGAGGUGAACUCAGCACGGCACAGAGACAAGAGCUUCAGAUGAAGAAGUCCAAGCUUGUGAGCAUGCUCGAUGAGGUGGAGCAAAGGUACCGACAGUAUCACCACCAAAUGCAAGUUGUGAUAACAUCAUUUGAGCAAGCAGCGGGAGUAGGGGCUGCAAAGUCUUACACAGCCCUUGCCUUGAAGACAAUCUCAAAGCAAUUUCGGUGUCUGAAAGAUGCAAUCUCAUCACAAAUCAAGACAACGAGCAAGAACAUAGGUGAAGAUGACUGCUUAGGAGUUAAGGUAGAAGGUUCGAGGCUUAGGUACGUUGAUCAUCAUCUACGACAACAACAUGCAUUGCAGCAGCUAGGAAUGAUCCAACACAAUGCUUGGAGACCCCAAAGAGGCUUGCCUGAACGCGCUGUUUCCGUUCUUCGUGCUUGGCUUUUUGAGCAUUUCUUGCACCCCUAUCCUAAGGACUCUGAUAAGGUUAUGCUUGCAAAACAAACUGGACUUACUCGGAGCCAGGUGUCUAAUUGGUUCAUAAAUGCCCGAGUUCGGCUAUGGAAACCAAUGGUUGAAGAAAUGUACAUGGAAGAGGUGAAGCAAGAGCAGAAUAAUGGGUCUCAGGAUAACAACACAAACAGAUCAAAAGAAUCAGAAGCUAAUGCUGCACAAGAAUCAAGUGCCAUGAGACUUGACCAGAAUAAUAUUCACCAAUCAAACAAGGCAGAAAGCUUCAACAACCAAACCACUUCCCCAACAGAGAUCUCCAAUUCCAACAUGCAAAGUCCAAACAAGCCUAGAAGCACUUCCGAAAUGCAGAACUCUCCAGGUAGCAUCGUGGACAUGGAAAUGAAGCCUCAUCAUGGAGAGACAAACACUAGAGAAGGAAACACAAAGUUGUUUGGCAUUGAAAACCAUCAUUUUGGAGCAUUUGGUAUGGAAGACAUUGGAAGGUUUCAUCAUGUCACUGAGCAACAACUGACUCCUAGGUUUCACGGAAACGGAGUUUCCCUCACUCUAGGACUUCCACACAGUGAGAACCUUUCUCUCUCAGGAACUCAGCAUGGAUUCCUCUCACAGAAUAUGCACUUGGGAAUGAGAACCAAUGAAAAUGAGUUUUGUGGUGCCAUCAACACUCCUCCUUCUUCUCAUUCAGGCACAAGUUAUGAGAGCAUUGACAUUCAAAACAGAAAGAGUCUACAAAACACAAUAAUGCAGUUCAGAGUGUUUCAACACACUAACUUAGCAGAAGAAUAGCAACGGAAAGAAAAAAGGAAAGGAAAAAAAUGGAGCACUGCUUGUGUUACGUGCAUGUUUGGCAUGGGAGGGGAAAUAACUUGCUCCAUGUAUAAAGAUGGAAACUGCUAUAAGAUUAUAUGAACUUUCAGGGAAUUAAUUCGGUUUUACAUGUUCUGAAUUAGUUUGAUUAAAUGAUUCAAGUUGAGUUGGGGAAGGUAUAUUGUAUAUGGUAUUGGAAAGUAGUUAGGUACAUAAAGGAAUUGAAUGAUUUGUUUGGAUAGAUCAUAUAUAUAUAUAUAUAUUGGAGUUAUGGCUUACUUUGUAA